UGUGAGCAUAUGUGCCUCUAUGGGUCUCUGAGGGUCUCUGUGGCUGUCUGUUUUUACACGCACACACACACACGCGUGUUGUUGGCAUGUCCGUCCGUCUGUCUGUCCGUCUGUCUGCGCCAGGCGUGACCAGCGAGGGGAGCCGGGCGAAGCCGGAAACCUCCGUCAGGCUCAAGGACAGGAACUGGUCUCUCUGCAUCCGUCUGCCCGGCAUCUCUGGCCCGGCCCGCGCCUCCUCAUUGGUCCAAUCGGCGCGGGGCGGGGCCGGGCGGCCCCUCUCGCAGCAGCCAAUCACAGACGAGGACGUCGUGCUCGCAGUCGCCAAGUGCGUGGAGCACGUGGAGCAGUACGGCCUCUUCAAAGAGGGCGUCUACCGAACUUGCGGCGUCGCCAGCGUCACCGAGGCUCUGGUGGAGAGGCUCUGGGCAGACCCCCGCUCGACCAUCCUGGAGCCCGGCCAUGGGAACGUGGACGUGGCGGCGAGCGCGCUCAAGGCCAUCCUGCGCCAGUCCCCCACGCCCUUGAUCCCGAGCGGGAGCGAGUGGACGAGCGUGGCCGAGGAGAGGCUGCCACUCAUCCGUCUGGAGCUGGACUGGUACCUCCUGGGCCUCUGUGGAAUACAGGAGGUCUAG